GGAACCUUCCUCGGGGUGCUGCUGAAUUUCCACACGCAGGACGCCGCCAUCGUGCUGCUGCUCUCGGCGCUGCUCGUGGCCAUGACGUGCAUGGUCGUCCGCGCCGCGUGGGGCCAAUACGCGGAGGAGCAGGAGGCGGCGCAGGGACAAGCUGGCGCUCUUUUGUCUGGCGUCCCGGGCGGGCUUGGCACCAGCGCCGUCGCAAGGAACCCGCAGGACGACGACGGCGUCGCCGGCGCGCUGGUCCCGUGUGAGGACACGGCCGCGCGGCCGCGCAAUGCCUUCUCCCUCGCGCCUCCCUCCUUCAAUGAUACGUAUGCCUUCCCUCUUCCCUUCAGUCCAGCUCUGCUCUCUGCCCGACGCCCGCUGCACCCAUGUCCUGCUCGGGUUGCUUACUCCCCUUCUUCCAGUCCCCUAACCCAGAGCACACCAGAAACGAUCAGUGGCAUUCGCAGCGAG